AUUCCUCUGCAGCCUUACACCUCACCUAACGUUGAAUGAUAUGGCGAUCAUUGGAGUUUUACCUUAUGUUGCUGCAAUUUUUAUUUUUGGGAACUUUGACAAAGGUCUAACAGCAGUGAUCCAAACACAGCAGACUGUGCUGGCAGCAGUGGGAGAAGAUGCUGAAUUCAGCUGUCAGCUCUUGGAGACUAAAGACGUCCUUCAGGUCACAUGGCAGAAAAGCUCACAUGAUGGAGAGAAGAAUGUUGCCACCUACAGCAAGUACUUUGGUCCAAGAGUGAAUGAUGGCUUUACAGAUAAAAUUGGGUUUAAAUAUACUGGUCUACAGGACUGCUCUAUAGUCAUCAUAGAUGUGAUUCAGCAGGACGAAGGAUGCUAUCACUGUCUGUUUAACACUUAUCCUGAAGGCUCCUUCAUUGGUAGAACCUGCCUUGAGGUCUACGAGCUGCAUGAACCUGUUGUUGAUGUCAGAGAGUCAAACUCUACUGAAGAGUGGGUUGUUUCCUGUUCAGCCACUGGUCGACCUGCUCCCACUGUAACACUCAGUGUCUCACAACAAGACCUCAACUUCUCACAGUACAACACUGUCAGUGUGUCCAACACCAACGCUACAUUCACUGUCACCACUACAGCUGUGCUCUCAGGUUCACGUAACAACAGCACACAGGUGGGAUGUGCAGCACGAGUGCUCUCUGCUCCUCACAGAGAGGUGAUGGUGACGAUUCCUCUUAAGGAUGAUGAUGGCAAUGGUUUGGAUGAGAAAUCUAAUUACAUAAAUUCCGGAAUCAGGAUUUUAGUCAUUCUAUCCUCUGCAUUGUUGUUCGCCUGUGUUUCUGCACGCAUCUUUGUCUGUCUUAGAAAGAAAUCUCAGAGCAGGUAAUCCUGUUAUACUGUGUCGCUCUUUGUCAUUUUGAGUCAGCUGAUACAUAUUUGUGUAGAUUUAACUGUUCUUGAAUCUUUCAGCAAGUUACACAAGCAGGUUGAAAUUACUGGAACCUGAAAUCAGAAACAGGAUUAAGUCAGUGACGAUGGGACAUUUCAAUACAUAAAAACUCAAUGUCAAAAGGUUUUGAGUCUGUUUCUGCAUGUACACAAACAUGUAGACAAGAAGAAAUGAAAGCACCUUCAGCGUACUUAGAUUUGACUCUGGGAAGAGUUAAAAGAUUUGAACCUGAUGAGCUGAGAUGUCUGAUUGGGUUGUAAUUAAUGAGCAAGUAAGAUAUGUAGUGAGGCGCCAAACCGCCGCAAGUUUUGUGAACUAAUAGAAGAUGGAAUACUGAAGAUCUUUCCACCAAGUUGUUACUCUGUUCAGAAUACUUAGAUUUUCUAAUACUGACAGAGUACUGCUACAGUAUUUUGUAUUAAAGUGACAAUCAGCUCAAAAAGUGAACAGCUCCUGAGAGACUCCAGGUAAAAGAUGAUGUGGGCCUGUUACCUUCACCAGCAAUGAAACUUAAUUUUGAUGAAUGUUGGCUGCUUUGUUUUUUGGGUUUUUUUUUUUUUACAUUUUACAGGAGUGCCUUCCCUAAACAAAAUGGUGCUAAAGCUGGAUAAACUGUUGUACUACAGCAUAGUAAAGAAAGAAAUGUUAAAAUCUGCAAUGCUAUUUUUACAACAGUACUUUGUGCUAUUUAUUAAUUUAUUUACCAAUAUUUUGAUCCUGUCCAGAUUUUGGCAUCAGGUUUGUUUAGACAGAAUGUGAAAAAAAGGUAAAAAUGUGUGUCACAGAUGUACGAGAGGUGGCAACAAUAGACUUUUUGUGUCUUUGUGUUGAACUUGAACAGGACAUUUGCCUCAAACAAACAUACUUGACAUAAAUGCUGGUGUCUUUUUAAUAAAACAGUGGUUGCUUUCAAAUGAUUCAUCCUUUGUAGCGCUGGAUGAACCAUUAGCACAAAUGUUGGUUUAGUUUAUUCAUUCUGUACAAUGUUGUGAAUGGAAUUUAUUGGACAGAAAUUGGAACAUAUUCUUUGACUUUCCAUGACCUAAAAUGAAGAACCAGAUGACUUUUUUAAUGACUGAAAUAAAAUUAGUUUUGUCGUCCUGUUUUGGCUGUUUGGUUCUUUUGGUUGUUGUUGUGACUGCAGACCCUGCUGAUGAGAUCAA